UUACCUGUUGAACGAUUAUACUCACAAAGUAACUACCCAGUAUAUCGUAAACAGAGAAAUUCCUGUGUUUGGUGCCGGUUUAAAAAUACGGCUGAGCAAGGGAAACGCACUGAAAAAUCACCACUAAGUCAGGUGUGGUGCACAACAUAUAAUGUAUCUUUAUGUCUCAAUAAGCAACGUCUAGAUUGUUUUAUUGUGUAUCAUGAAU